AUGUGUUCUAUGUGCGUCACUGGGGACUUGGAAGGCUUCCAGGAUGUGAUGGACUCACUGCUGUCGAGGUCUCAACCGGAGGCUUUCAAUAUAGGAGAUCUUCACGAUAUAAUGCUGGAAGCAAUUCAACAGAACAGAGUGGAGAUCGUCUCGAACCUUCUCUCCCAUGGCUUCCCAAUGACGCCCCCUUUUGCUCGAAGGGCAGCAGAAUGCAAGGCAAAAGGCGUCCUUGAACGUUUCCUUAAAGCAGGAUGGGAUAUAAAUGAGCCGGUUGAUGUUUUGAGACCUCCUGCACUUUGCUAUGCAGUAAAGGACGCCGAGAUGACGAGAUGGUUUUUGGACCAUGGAGCGAACCCGAAUGCGCGAUGCGAGGUGGACUGCACCCCAUUGUCUUACGCUGUCCGAAAUGCAAGUCUCAGUGUCAUCGAACUGAUGCUGAGCCGUGGAGGUGAUGUACAAAAGGGGCAGCUUCUUCAGCGUGCCGUAUCUCGAGACGAGCAACUCGGAGAUGUCAUCUCGCUACUGGUCGAUAAAGGUGCGCCUUUGAAUGCGACAAUGUAUGAGGAUGGCCCGACUCUGCAGCGGUUUUUUCCCAUGAGCUUAGGGACUGCAUUGCACAUUGCAACAGAGCAGGGGAAAACAGACGCGAUCCGUAUUUUGAUACGUCUUGGGGCAGACACUGGCGUGAAGGAUGCUAAUGGCGAUACCGCUUUAGAAUGGGCGAGGAAAUGGAAUAAAACGGAGCUGGUGGAGUUGCUGAGAGAUUUGGAAGAACAUUCGUAG